GUCCUCCCAUAUCCCUGUCAGCUAUCUCCUUCUGAGUUCAAAAGGACACAAGUCCUGCCCCUGAGCUUGCUAACGAGAGCAGAGAGGAAGUCUUUAUCAGGUGGAAGUUUUGCUGGGAGUCGGCCACUGCAGCCUCGGUCAGCCUGGGAAACACUUUCCUCUGUUAGAAGCUCGUCUAAAGACCACCGCCAAGAUGCCCAAAAUGGUGAAUGUUCGCGUGACUACAAUGGAUGCAGAGCUGGAGUUUUCCAUUAACCAAAACACCAAAGGAAGGCAGCUGUUUGAGCAGGUUGCCAAGACGAUUGGCCUGCGUGAGCUUUGGUAUUUUGGACUUCAGUUUGUGGACAACAGAGGAAUUGUCACGUGGCUGAAUCCUGACAAGAAAGUGAUGCUUCAGGAAGUAAAAAAUGAGACUCCCCUGCUGUUCAAGCUCAGAGUCAAGUUUUAUCCCGAGGAUGUGGCAGAGGAGCUGAUCCAGGACAUCACCAGGAAGCUUUUCUUCCUGCAGGUGAAGGAGGACAUCCUGACGGAUGAGAUCUACUGUCCUCCGGAGACCGCCGUGCUCCUGGCUUCCUACGCCGUCCAGGCAAAGUACGGAGAGUACAUGAAGUCAGUGCACAAGCGGGGAUACCUCUCCUCUGACCGUCUGCUCCCUAAAAGAGUGCUGGAUCAACACAAGCUGUCAAAGGAACAGUGGGAAGAGAGAAUCCAGGUUUGGCACGAGGAGCACAGAUUCAUGGUGAAGGAAGAUGCAAUGAUGGAGUAUCUAAAGAUCGCUCAGGAUCUGGAAAUGUUCGGUGUUAAUUACUAUGAAAUAAGGAACAAGAAGGGCACAGAACUUUGGCUGGGAGUCGACGCACUAGGGAUCAACAUCUAUCCAAAGGAUGACAGGCUGACCCCCAAAAUUGGAUUCCCAUGGAGUGAAAUUAGAAACAUUUCUUUCUCUGAAAAGAAAUUUAUCAUCAAGCCAAACGAUAAGAAAUCUCCAGACGUUAUUCUCUACGUUGCACGUCCGCGUGUCGGAAAGAACAUCAUGCUUAUUUCUAAGAGCAACCAUGCCCUGUAUGUUCGCCGUCGGAAGCCCGACAACAUCGAGGUUCAACAGAUGAAGGCUCAGGCCAAACAGGACAGGCACCAGAAGAAGAUGGAGAGGGAACAGCUGGAGAGCGAAAAGAAGAUGAGAGAAAGUAUUGAGAAGGAGAAAGAGCAGAUGGAGAGAGAAAAGCAGGAGCUGAUGAUGAAGCUCUACGAGUUUGAAGAGACUACUAAGAGAGCAGAACGAGAGCUUCGGGAGCAGCUGGAGCGGGCCAUGAGGCUGGAGGAGGAGAGGAGGAGGGUGGAGCAGGAGGCGGCCCGGCUGGAAGCUGAGAGGAUGGAGGCCAUAAUUGCCAAGGAGGAGCUGGCCAGGCAAGCUGAGGAGCAGAUGAAGAGCCAGGAGCAGCUGGCUGCAGAGCUGCAGGAGUACAGCGCCAAGAUCGCUGAGCUGGAGCAGGCCAAGAGAGAAAAGGAGGAGGAAGCUGAGACAUGGCACGUCAAGGCUGCAGAAGUGGAGCAGAACCUAAUAAAGACCAAGGUAGAGCUACAACAUGUGAGAACCACCUCCAACUCUGUCCCGUCGGGUGGGUCGUCAUCCUCCUCUUCAGACAGCGAGAGUGACAAUGAGCACAGCGAAGUAAACAGCACCCACAGCGCUGAGCUGCAGACGCAGGGCAUCAAUGAUCACCGCAGGGAGGAGGAGCGGCUCACUGAAGCUGAGAAGAAUGAGCGCUUGAAGAGGCAGCUGAGGGAAAUGAGCUUAGAUCUGGAGCAGGCCAGAGAUGAUACCAAGAGGACCAAGUAUGACGAGCUUCAUGUUGAGAACAUCCGUAUGGGACGUGACAAGUACAAAACCCUCAAACAAAUCCGCCUUGGCAACACCAAGCAGAGGGUCGAUGAGUUUGAGGCCUUGUAGAAAACCCUGGAAGGUGUAUCCCAUAAAAAAAAAACAACAACAACAAAAUACAACGUCCAGGAAUGAUCUGCUUAGCUUAUUACAUACUACAGUGAUUGCAGCCAGUGGCUGUUCUUGCAUAAGUGGUGCCUCGGGCAGGACACUCCCUUCUCAACUCUAGUCCUCCAAAUGACACACAUACACACACACACACACAGUUUCUUAAUUAAAAAAAAAGUUUUAAUAAGUUAUAACUUACCAGAAACCAAAUAUAUGAUGAAGUAAUCGUUACAAAUCAUAAAAAACUAGUUUUGUACUGAUUAUCCAAUGUAUAGGUGUGUGAAUUUGUAAAUGUCAGUAAAUAACGUGAAUACAUUUAAAACUUGCUGUCAACUCAAACAUAUAUGUGACAUCGGAUGUUUCAUUUGUGAGCUUCCAUGUUUAGAAGUUACGGAUGCAAUUAAAGAAGUUAGGACAAUCUAAAUACGAAUCACUAAUUUAUGACAACGGAUCUACAGCCCCUGAUGAAUAUGUUAGACUCUUUACUAGCUGGUGCUGGACAUAAAAUUUCUUUAAAGAAGAAAACAAUACCACUUAUUAAAGGUUAUGCUGCACCUAACCCUGAAAAUUUCAUUAAGGAUAAAGCUUUUUCUGUUUUCGUCUUCUUCCUCUUGUUCAGCUUUUAAUGACAGCUGGUGAACAACCUUCAAGCGUAUCAUCAUGUACACUUUUAUUUGCCGUUUUGAAAUGUUGUAACUUCGAAACUUUUAUUCUCACAGAUGAAACAUCUGAUGUCAUGUACAUAUGAGUUGACAAGAAGGAAUAAAUACAAUAUUUAAAAUGUAUUAGUAAUAAUUGUCUUACAUUGACAUAUUCAGUCACCUAUGUAUAAGUUUUUAUUGAGAGUUAUCUUACCCAAUAUCAGUGUCUUCACAAAGACUAUAACGGGGCCUUAAAUAACAAAUCUUGUCCGGGGAAUAUUUUAGCACAUUAGAAAUCAUUUUUAGGUUGGGUUAUUUGCAACAUUUUACAUUCUAAGGAUGAACAAAUGCUAUCUAAAGUCGCUUAGCUUUUAAUAUACCAUAUACUACAAAUGCAAACUCCAGCAUCGUUAUCCAGCUAUUUUACUUCUUUUUGGCUUACAUCAUACAUAAAAUGAAAAUAAUCACCUCAUGCUAGUUAACUGGACAUGUAAAUAAGCUUUAGAAAUCUAUUGUCUUUGUCCUGAUAGUUGUGCCGUCCCUAAGCACAUGCUGCCCU